UGACAUUUCUUGUUUAAUCAUUAACAGUGGUGAUCUUUUCUAAGUUUUCAAAUUGGAUAUUCCCCUUAGUUCUAGUAUGAUUAGCAAUUCUAAUAAAAAUAGAUAGCAUUACUUUUUGUAACUCUCAUAUUACAAGUAAGUAGAUUAAUCCUGAUGGUUGGUGAGAAGUUUAGUUCCUUAACAAAGUACAUUGAUACAAACUGGAUAUUUAAAUUAUUGGCUUCUGAAAAUUUGAGAAAGUAUGUUAUUUUAUCCCUAUAUUAAUUAAGGGUUACCAAAUCACAAGAAAUAUGUUAUAUCAAGUUUUUAAUAUUUUUGAAGAACUCAAUCCAGAAUACUAAGGAUUUAUUCAGAGCGGAUAUAAAUAUUAAACGUAAAUGA